CUUCAGCAUUUUGACUGCUGCUGCCAUUUUUCCUCUGCUGCCUGUUCCUCCACACAUCAGAAGCAAACAUGUCAUCCGGAGUACAAGUUUCAGACGCUGUGAAGCUACUCUUUGAAGAAAUGAAAGUUAUGAAAAAAGAUGCUGAUGAGUGCCAACGGCUGAGAUUCGCAAUGUUUAUAAUAGCGGAUGGUGCAAUCAUAGUGGACAAGGUCGUCCGAGAGCAAGACCUGGAAGGGGUGGAAAAUCACUUCCAAUACUUUAGGGACCUGCUGCCUGACAAAAAAUGCCGCUACGCACUGUAUGACUGCCACUAUGAAAACGACGAAUCAUCUAAAAAAGAGGAUCUGGUCUUCUUUAUGUGGGCUCCUGACGAUGCAGACAUCAAAGAAAAAAUGGCCUAUGCCAGCUCAAAGGGCCCCCUUGCAAAGGCUUUCUCUGGUGUCAAGUUUGUCAAGCAGAUUAAUGACCCUGGAGAGUACUGCUUGGAUUAUUUUUCAGAUCUCCUUGGAAAAAAUACAGUCACAAUUGAGGGCUGCAGCGUGAAGUGCUCACGUAAGAAAGGCCAUUAAACAGUCUUUUCCCUUUUUUUUUUUUUUUUCAUGCCAUCAGGAAUUUAAAGGGACUAAGGGGGGUGGGGGAUAACAACAAAGUUUCCAAAUCUACUUUGUUUUUGGAUUGAUUCAACACACCUUUAAGGAAAGGUAUGGGGUCAGAUUCCUUUAACUCAAACCCCUGAUGCUUGUGUCCUACUUAGCUCUUAAGUUACUCCAGACUGUGAAAUCGGUCUUGUUCAGAUGUAAUUUUGUUCAUUCUUUGACAUGUCAAGAAUUAUACUAUUUUCUGUCACUUGACUCUCUCAUAAUUUUCACAUCAGUAGUUUCCUGACUGUAUUUACAUACAUGAUGUUUCAAAUUCCAACAUACUCCAGUAUAAACCAUUUGUCUUCCUUGUGUGUAUGUUGAGUUUACUAGGUCAAAAUGUCAGGGUCUGUAAAUUUGACAUAAAUCUGUUUUCUAGACUGUUACACUUUGAUAAAUACCUAUAAAGAAUAGUACAACUUUUACAAAGAAACUAAGAUGAUCUGAAAAUGCUUCAGUGUCUGAAUAUCGUCAAAUAAACUCAAUGCAACCUGUUGUGCAAGUA